CCGGAUCCGGGGCAACCUUACCACCAACCAUGCCUUCUAUCCGCCGUUUUACCACUUGCGUUCCUCGACGAGCUCUCGGCGACCUCGCAAAGUCUGCAGUAACACAACUUUCCGAAUGGCAGGGUACCUCCGUUGAGGGUGGGACCACGAAGAACUUCAUCGGUGGUCAAUUCGUCGAAAGCAAUACGAAUGAGUGGAUCGACGUGCUUGACCCCUCUACGCAAACACUGCUCUCACGCGUUCCGCAAACGACCUCAGGCGAGUUCCAGCAGGCUGUCGACGCUGCCUCGGAUGCCUUCAAGUCGUGGAGCCGAACGAGUGUCUUGAGACGACAGCGAUUCGCUCUCGAACUCCAGCAUUUAUUGCGUCAGAACGCGGACGCCAUCGCGAAUAGCAUCGUUCUGGAACAGGGAAAGACAUUCGCAGAUGCCCACGGCGACCUUCUUCGAGGGCUUCAAGUCGUCGAAACGGCGACCGCAAUAACUACGACCCUUCUGGGUGAAAAGAUGGAGGUCAGCAAGGAUAUGGACACGGAAGUUCGAAAGCUUCCGCUCGGAGUCUGUGCAAGCAUCGCGCCGUUCAACUUUCCGGCGAUGAUCCCGCUCUGGUCCAUCCCCAUGGCCGUUGUAACCGGGAACACGCUCAUCCUUAAGCCGUCUGAACGUGAUCCGGGCGCGGCUAUGAUCAUUGCCGAGCUUUGUCAGCGGGCAGGGCUUCCAGAGGGUGUUCUGAACAUCGUCCACGGCGGUGUCCGCACAGUCAACGCACUCUGCGAUGAUCCUGCCAUCAAAGCCAUCAGCUUUGUGGGUGGUGAUCGUGCUGGCCGCCACAUCUACGACAGGCAAAGCGACACAGAAUGGCAAGCGCGUUCAGGGACCAAGGCCAAUCUUGGUGCCAAAAACCACGCCAUUCUCAUGCCCGAUGCAAACCGCAAUCAGGCCCUCAAUUCCAUCAUUGGUGCUGCAUUCGGAGCCGCUGGGCAACGCUGCAUGGCGAUUUCUGUGGUCCUGCUCGUCGGCGAAGCCCAGUCAUGGCUUCCCGAGCUCAUUGAACGUUCCAGCAAGUUGAAGGUCAACGGUGGCUUCGAAGCGGGUGCCGAUUUGGGGCCUCUGAUAUCGCCUGCUUCGAAAGCUCGAGUGACUGGUUUGAUUGCCUCGGCUGACGAGGAAGGUGGUAAAAUCCUUCUCGACGGCCGAAAUGUUCAGGUCCCUGGGUACCCUGAGGGGAACUUUGUUGGUCCCACGAUCAUCAAAGGCGACGUCACCAUGAAAUGCUAUCAGCAAGAGAUAUUCGGGCCCGUGUUGACAGUGAUCGCAGUCGACACGCUGGACGAAGGCAUUGAAAUCAUCAACAAGAACCGAUAUGGAAACGGCGCUGCCAUCUUCACCCAGUCUGCACAGACUGAGGUGAACGUUGGGCAAGUCGGAAUCAACGUGCCGAUCCCCGUUCCACUUCCCAUGUUCUCCUGGUCCGGUAACAAGGGCAGCUUCCUCGGAGAUAUUCACUUCUACGGGAAGAAUGGCAUCAAUUUCUACACCCAGAACAAGACCACAACUUCACUCUGGAACUCGGAGGAUGCGUUGGGAACUCGGGCUGCUGUCGACAUGCCCACCCAUCAUUAGUUUGUCUCGCAAAACUCGCUGUCGAAUAUCCACUGUACCAUUUACUACUGCCAAUCACGCUUUGUCGUCCACCAA